ACUUAACACGUAAUUAAGCAGAAAAUUCAUUAAAGGCUAGUCAGAUAAAGCCAAGAAACCCGAAAUCCCAAGGUGUAUACAAGAGGUCGAAAAGUAUUGGAUAUUGGAUUUUCAAUUUUGUUUAGUCAAGCCAUCGCACGCCGGACAACGGACAGUAGUUGAAAGUUGCGCUUACUAUUGUAGUAGUUCGUGUCAGCAUGUCAGAAAGGUGAGGUCGUCCAUUAGUCUACCGGCUUUCAGAUGUCUCUUGUGAGUGUGUUAGUCGACUUAGGGAUUUUGACAGAAUGAUGUUUGCUUGGAGUUGUCAUCCAAUUGUUGUCCAACGGACAAGUAUGUCGCGCAGUUGAGACAGUCACACUAAUUAGAGAUCCAGGUGAUAUUCAAUGCUGAUUGUGAAUAAAAUUGCAUACUGCAAUCUAUAUGACGGUCUUUUAAGCACUACUGAAUUACUCGGUUGUGUUUUGUAGAGGGUUUUAAGGACAUCCACGUGGACGUGGAUCAUCAGGCCUGGUGGUUGGAGAGACCGUGGUGAGUCAGGUGGGUCCUGUGGAAAUGGGUGGGUGUGGAUUGACCUGUAUGAUUUUUCGCCAUUAACAUUAUCCACAUAACUGCCAUCCUCUACGUGCAAAGCUGAGAAGCGUAGAAGUAUUUUAGCGCAUACCUCACCAAUGUCUUUCUAGUGUGGUUUCAGUUCCAGCUUGGAAGCAGUGUAACUGAGAUAUCCCAAAGACUGAACGCCUUUACCACAGAGUGGUGACUCGGAAAGUCAUCUGAACUUCGGUGCAUCAAGCUUGUUUGACGGAAUUGAGUUGUCUAAACACACUGAGUAGUCGCGGUCCACUUGUGGUGUGUUUUGAUGAUGGUCGUGAACGUUAACUACAUGUUGACUGGAGUUCCUGAGAAUCUGUGUGGAACGAAGAUUGAUGAGGUGUGGCUAACAUGGAGGAUGAAGAGUGAGCGUGUUAUCUGUGGUAGUAUUGGUUCCUACUAUCCCAUGAACCAUAGUUAGACAUGCACACCGUAGUCAAGACCACCAGUUAUUACGUUGGGGAUAUGCACUUCGCUUCAACUUUACUAGUCCGAAAUCCCGUGUUUUCAAACCUGAGUCGUCGAUGGUUGCAGUGGGAUAAUGAUUGUAUUACCUCUACCAGACAAAACAGCAAGUAAAUAUGUACGCCAUCGAUUGAUUCAUUUAACUUGUUUGUUCGACUCUCUUAAUCCCCAUCCCCACCCAAUGACUAUCGUUGGUGAAUUGUAGGUCAGAUUUGUCAGCUGCGAUUCCACACAUAAGAUGAGAGUAGGGGAAGCUAUUCGACACCUGGUUAUCGUCAAUUCGACCUCUGAUUUGGCGUUGCAAGGUGUGGAGGUCAUGAAUUUUGUCCUGUUCAUUUAGCCACGGUGGUUUGCAGUUGUUUCAUGAAUGAUGAGUUGGCGAGCAGUAGUAUUGUGUCUGUUGUGUUCGGAUAUGUAUUAUGUAGUCCGCUGUCAUCUUCCAGAUUUAUUUAUCAGUCGGCCUCCACAAAUGACAGAGUAGCACUGCUCGUAUUCGUGGAGUGCAUAACGACUAAUAUGUUGUUUUUCACCCUUCAGGUCACGCGUUAACAAUUCAGGACCGUUGAAGAAGCCUGCUGAAAGGGGUUAUCCAGCGUAAGUUUAUGAGUGCUCACAAUAACUCGUAAUAGUUCGUCUGGUUCUGUGUGGAGUUCCAAUGCACCUAGUGAACGGGGUGAUAUUCCGUCGUCUUCGGAAGGCGAAAUUGUCUCGGAAGCUGCCCGCCAGAAAAAGAGCCAUCCAGUCCAAAAGGCUGUGUAUGACAUAUCUACGGGGAUUUCAAAACUGAACAUACAGAAGACACUCAGAAUACCGAAUAGACCAGACCAAGGAGGUACACUCGGCAAGAAAGUCAAAGUCACUUCAAACUGUUGGGAUUUGACAUUUCAUCACAAAACGGCAUAUCUCUAUUUUGUGGAAGCCAACUCAGUUCAUCGAUUGGAAGCUAAGGAGGGCAGUAAAACUGAGAUAAGAAUGCCACCUAAAGAGUUGAGAUCUUUAAUUCAGCAGGUAGCUGACUCUUUACCAGAUACGAUCAUAUACGAUGGCGGUCACGCCAUAUACUCUGAAGAUCCGUUACCUGGUGUCACAACGGACCCCGUAGAAAGACAGAUUGAGAUCAAGGAGCCGUUUGGUCGGGACCGCCUUCUUCUGAAGUACCGGAUUAUGGAAGUGCAGAAGGUAUCUAGUUCCGACAUCAGCCAUUUCAUAACGAAUCCGAAAGCGACCUCUAUGAACAUGCCUCAGGAAUGUAUCAGAUUGUUAGACUGCAUCUUGAAGACGGUGUCAAAGCAGUCGUUUGUAUCCCUUGGACGCUCAGCCCUAUUUCAGCAAACACCAAUUAAAGUGGUUAUGGAUAAGCUUUUUACUAUUCAUAAGGGUUUCAUCAGUAGUGUGCGACCCCAGUGGAAAGUUCGUGUCAACUUGGAUAUGACGUGCAAGGCCUACUUUGUAUCCGGGAAUCUAGCGGACGUCAUGUAUUCGAAGUAUGGAGACGAUAUGGUUAGAUGUAGCACUCAAAUGGCAUACGACUUGAGAAAGAUACGAGUUGAGACUGAUAAAUUCUACAAGAGCGAUGAUGGACGUGCAUAUUCCCGACGCUUCACCGUGCACGGGAUAUCAUCACUACCAGCCGAUCGUUUGAUGAUUGAGGAGUUGAACCAGUCCGUGGCUGAAUAUUUCAAGCAGCACCAUCAUAUCACUCUGAAGUAUCCAGAACUGCCCUGUGUGAAGGUUGAUCAAAAGCGUGAAGUGUAUAUGCCGAUGGAACUGUUAAACAUUUUGCCAUAUCAAGCUCCUAAUGCGAGUAAAGCCGAUAUUGCGAGUGAAGUUAUCCGUUGUGCAGCAAUUCGACCACAGGAGCGCUUCAGAGAGCUGGAGAAUUUUGCUAAUAAUAUGCUGAAGUCCCACCCACUGAUCAAACAAUUUGGUUUGGCGAUUCAACCGAGGCCAGUGGAAGUUAACGCACGCGUUAUCCAACCGCCAACUGCUGGUUUUGGUCGUUCCGGUGUACAACAGCUGACGGCAGGUAGUUGGAGCACGCCUGGCUUUCUUCACCCUGCCGGCGAAGGAGUAGAAAUAAUGUGGGCUGUACUUAGCAUUCCACCUAAUCAGCGGUCUCAUGGUCAUGUUCAGAAGGUGAUAUCGGAAUUGCCUAGAGCGGCCAGUCGCUUUGGUGUUCGGUUUAGCCCUCGACCGAUUGUGGCACAGUGUCCGAGAGGAGAACUUAACAGGAGGUUCGAGGAGUUUUCCAGACAAGGCUGUGGCUUCUUACUUCUCAUCUUGUACGAUGAACAUUUCUACUCAUCGAUUAAACGUCUGAGUGACCUACAAAUGGGGAUUCGGACUCAAUGUGUACGAGCUCGUACUCUGGACAAACCGAACGUUUUCCCGAACCUGUUACUCAAACUGAAUGGGAAACUCGGCGGUGUGAACUGGCGAAUUCCUGACCUAAUUAAGGACAGUCAAGAGUUGGUUAUGGUUUUCGGAGCCGAUGUCACUCAUCCUGCGCCUACACAAACUCAUCAGAUUCGAAAGUCAGUAGCUGCUGUUAUCGGCAGUGUUUCACCCGAUCUUAUGAGAUACGGGGUAGUUAUCCGUCAGCAGGCAACCACAGAAAAGGGGAAUAAGGCAGCGAGAGAAAUAAUCGAUGAUAUGCGUCUCAGUGUCAAGGAGCUACUCCAGCUUUACCUGCGUAACACGAACGGGCGUUUCCCGACGCGCAUGAUAUUCUAUCGCGAUGGAGUUUCGGAGGGCCAGUUCGAAAAUGUGCUGGUGGAGGAGCUGUGUGCAAUUCAACGGGCUUGUGCAGAUGUUCGUCCUGGCGAAGAGCCUGCUAUCACUUAUAUUGUUGUGCAAAAGCGUCACCAUAUUCGAUUUAGACCAUCUGACCCCAGGGCAAGAAACGUGGAGCCGGGACGGUGGUUGAUACAGAUAUCACGCAUCCCAGGGAAUUUGAUUUCUACCUCUGCUCUCAGGAAGGGAUUCAGGGUACAUCGAAACCUGCUCACUAUCACGUGUUGUAUGAUGAUAGUAACUGGACAUCGAAUGCUCUUCAGAUGUUCACCUACCACUUAUGCUACGCGUACAUGAGGUGUUCCCGUAGCGUCUCGUAUCCAGCGCCGACUUAUUAUUCUCAUUUGGCUGCAUUUCGGGCACGUGAGUGGUUAUCGGACAUAGAGAAACCAGAGAUUCUGUUAGAUGCUGGUCGUUUCAGAGUUCACAGCAGUCAAGUUGACGGCAUGUUCUACUUAUAAACAGAUUUUGUUAUUUUCAUAUAAAUUGUAUUUCCUUUUG